AUGGUAUCAGAGCAGGGGUUUACUCCUGCUAUUGAUCGCAUUCUUUCAGACACAGAAAACCCUUUCUACAGAUCCAUGGAAGACCAUUCAACAAACACAGAAAACCCAAAUUCAAACACACCUUAUUUGAAUUUCGCAAACCCAAACAAUCCUUAUAGAGUUGAAAAUGGUGAUAACAUUGCUCUUAUUCUUGUUGCUAACCUCCUUACAACAGACAAUUAUUCUACUUGGUCUCCAACAAUGCGUCGAGCACUUAGAGCCAAGAAUAAGCUGGGGUUCAUUAAUGGAAGUAUUUCCAAACCAACUGAUAUGGAUGACCUUCUUUUCGAUGCAUGGGAAAGAUGCAAUGACAUGGUAGUAUCAUGGAUUCAAAACUCAGUUAGCUCUGAUUUAAAGUGCAGUGUGGCCUUUGUGGAUGAUGCACGAGUAGUCUGGGAAGAGUUGAAGGACCGUUUUACCCAACAGAAUGGACCUCGAAUUUUCCAGUUAAAGAGGAGUCUAGCAAACCUUCGACAGGAUAUAUAUUCUAUAAGUACUUACUAUGGUAAACUUAAAACCUUGUGGGAUGAAAUUGCUAUUUAUGACCCUGUUCCUAUUUGCACUUGUGGGCAACUAAGCAUUUUAAAUGAUAGAUAUCAACGUGAUUGUGUCAUACAGUUCCUCAUGGGCUUGAAUGACCAAUAUGCUAACUCUAGAGACUAG